AUGGCGAUUGAUCCGAUUGAGACUAAUCUGCCAUCCAUUCCGGAGUUUAAAUAUUCAUUAGGACGCUGCCUGCAGGUACACAUCGAAACGGACAAGAAGCAAUUGAACAUCAGCAUCGACUGUUUAAACGAUCGUAUAAUUCAUACCUAUUCGCGAAAGAUUUACGCCUCAACCGCAUACGUACUUCAUGAAUUUUCAAACAAUACACAAGGGAAUCGAACAUUCGAGCUGUUUAUGUGUUUGUCCAACCCUCACCGUCAAUACUGGCUAGUUGUGAAUCGGGAGCCAAAGUUUCUCGAUGCACUGACGGUAUCCUGGACCCAGUUAACAUUCUACGAAGAGUGUGCGUGUAAUUUUCGGCUGGUGUAUAACAUUCUUUACACAAACCCUCCUGCCAGGCUGAAGUACCCCAGGAAAGCUGCACCGUACAGCUGGAAAACGAAAUCAUAUUUGAUGGUAACGGGAGUAGUCAUCUGUCUUUUAAUUGUAUUACUGCUGUGUGUUAUUUGCUCUUUCUUUUAA